AUGGCUGCCCAGAUCUGCACCCCGACCUUUUCCUCUGGGUCUGUGAAGGGCCUCUGUGGCACAGCAGGUGGCCUUUCUCGGGUGUCCUCCAUCCGCUCCCUGGGGUCCUGCCGGGUCCCCGGUCUUCCUGGUGCUUCGGGAUCCAUCUCUUCCUUCAGAAUGGGCCUCCCUGGCCUGGGGAGCUGUUUGCCUGGCUCCUACCUGUCCUCUGGCUUUGCUGGGACCGGGGGCUGGUUCUGUGAGGGCUCCUUCAACGGCAGCGAGAAGGAGACCAUGCAGUUCCUGAACGACCGCCUGGCCAACUACCUGGAGAAGGUGCGCCAGCUGGAGAGGGAGAACGCGGAGCUGGAGAGCCGCAUCCGCGAGUGGUACGAGUGUCAGAUCCCGUACAUCUGCCCGGACUACCAGUCCUACUUCAAGACCAUUGAGGAUCUCCAGCAGAAGAUCCUGCUGACCAAGGCGGAGAAUGCCCAGCUAGUCAUGCAGAUCGACAAUGCCAAGCUGGCUGCUGAUGACUUCCGGACCAAGUACGAGACCGAGCUGUCCCUGCGGCAGCUGGUGGAGGCUGACAUCAACGGCCUGCGCAGGCUCCUGGACGAGCUGACCCUGUGCAAGGCUGACCUGGAGAUUCAGGUGGAGUCCCUGAAGGAAGAGCUGCUCUGCCUCAAGAAGAACCACGAGGAGGAAGUCAAUGCACUCCGUUGCCAACUUGGGGACCGACUGAACGUGGAGGUGGAUGCCGCCCCACCUGUGGAUCUCAACAAGAUACUGGAUGAUAUGAGAUGCCAAUAUGAGGCCCUGGUGGAGAAUAACCACAGAGAUGUAGAGGCCUGGUUCAACACCCAGACUGAGGAGCUGAACCAGCAGGUGGUGUCCAGCUCAGAGCAGCUUCAGACCUGUCAGACCGAGAUCAUUGAGCUGAGACGCAUGGUCAACGCCCUGGAGAUUGAGCUGCAGGCCCAGCAUAGCAUGCGAAAUUCCUUGGAAUCCACCCUGGCGGAGACAGAGGCCCGCUACAGUUCGCAGCUGGGCCAGAUGCAGUGUAUGAUCACCAAUGUGGAGUCCCAGCUGGCCGACAUCCGCUGUGACCUGGAGCGGCAGAACCAGGAGUACAAGGUGCUGCUGGAUGUCAAGGCUCGGCUGGAGUGUGAGAUCAAUACCUACCGGGGCCUGCUGGAGGGAGAAGACUGCAAGCUUCCUCCUCACCCUUGUGCCACGGAUUGCAAGCCUGCCAUGAGAGUUCCUUGUGUUCCCUGUGCCCCAACCAUACCCUGCACCCCGGCGGGUCCUCAGAUCAGCACCCAGAUCCGCACCAUCACCGAGGAGAUAAGGGAUGGGAAAGUCAUCUCCUCCAGGGAGCAUAUGCUGCCCCGCCCGCUGUGA